UCAUUAGGUACCAUAUCAUUUUAUGUUAAUGUUUAGGUAGCUGGUAGCGGAUGUUCUUAGCUGUAACGAAAAAAUAAAGAAUUCAAAAAGAAACUAUGUGCUAUUCGUAUUUGGUUAGAGGUCUUGCAUUGGUAGCAAUAUUAAUAGUGAUACCAAGAACAUCUGGACUAAGAUGCCUUUCAUGUCAGUUUGCCAGAAACGUAACUGACUGUUUCCGUACAGAGGCACAGUGCGAAGACGGAGAGGAGCAAUGUUAUUUACGGAAAGUGAUGCUUCCAAAUAUGCAAAUUGCAUUUAUAGCCGGUUGCAAGUCUGAUAAGGUAUGCACUUUUGAUGAACACCAAAUUGGAGAUGGCAAGCGACAAAUAGAAUUUUCUCAUGGUCAUAUGACAGAUUUAGUUAUGUGUUCCGAAUGCUGCACUGAAGGACCAAAUAAAGAUGGCGUACCGUGCAAUGGUUACCUAUGUGGACAACGUCCAACUUUGAACCCCGAUUAUGUAUGGUGUGCUGAAUGUGACAGAAUAGAUGAUCCUACGAAGUGCUCACGAUUUGUUCAGUGUCCAUCUAAUGAGGUCUGUUCACAGGAUAUAAUGGUAGCUAAUCAGCAACUAAAGUAUAGUCUGGGCUGUGAAAGAAAACAGAUAUGUGACAAGACUCUGGAGUCAUAUAAAGAUACCCAUGGCAGGAAACGUGACCAUGGAUACAUAAAUAUCUGCUCAUCAUGUUGCAGCACGAGAGAAUGUAACCAAGGAGCCUGCAACCUAAUCAGACAAAAACAGACGUACUAUACAACGAAUACAGGUUAAGAAAAUCGUUGUCUUUUAUGUGUUUAUUAUUAUGGAAGUUUACAUUAAAUUUGGAUACCUCGUCAUUAUUAUGGAAAC